AUGAACUUGUACCGAAAAAUCUUCAAACCCCACUACCAACAACACUUGAUCACAAUUAAUCGAUCACCACCACCGUGUGAUGUCUUCAUCAACCACCGAGGGAUUGAUACGAAGAGGACGAUCGCGGGGUUACUCUACGAUCACUUGCGCCGGCUUGGGCUGCACCCAUUUUUGGACAGCAAGAACAUGGAGCCCGGAGACAAGUUGUUCGACGAAAUCGAUUCGGCUAUCAGAAGAUCUAAGAUUGCUGUUGCUGUGUUUUCGCCGAGAUAUUGUGACUCCUACUUUUGUCUACAUGAGUUGGCCUUGAUUAUGGAGAGUAAGAAGAGAGUUAUACCCGUAUUUUGUGAUGUGAAGCCGUCGCAAUUGAGAGUUGUCGACAAUGGAAGCUGUGAUGCUAAAGAGAUUCAGAGAUUCAAAUGGGCUCUUGAGGAGGCUAAGUACACGGUCGGCCUCACAUUUGAUUCCCAUAGAGGGGAUUGGUCGGAGUUCUUGUCGGAGGCGACCGAUGCGGUGAUAAAGAACUUGUUGGAGGUGGAAGGAGGAGGAGGAGAAAGAAGGAUUCGCAAAAAUAUUGUGCAAAGAUUCCUAAAACGAAGAACCAAAAUCAUGGUUUGA